UGAGAGUAUAAAUUGGUAGGACGUUCCUUGGUCUUCAAGAGACUUUACGCUGAUAACAGUACAGCAGCCAAGGAUGAUUUUCCCCCUGGUGAUCGCACUCGUUGCAGUCGCUCAAGUGUUUUCCGCAGAGAACAUUCCUGCACCGGAGAUCACCGAUUACGGACCACUUGGUCAAACCUUCAACGUGCCCAAACUAGAUUUGAUCUCCAAGCAGCUUUCACCCACUGGAACCACAAUAGCAACACCCUUUAACAAGAAAAAAUGCUACGUUGUCAGUGGAAUAAGGAAGUCAACCAAUAAUGAUCUGUAUUUCAGUAACACGCGAGAGGCCUACAACUUCCUGAAUACCGACACUAAGAUUAGCGCAUCCUUAGAAGGGAAGUAUAGUAUGAAAGCUUCUCUUGAUGCCGUAACAAGUAGUAUUAGCUCAAGCAGUGAAGAGAUCAAAGGUCUGGUGGUACGAGUUGAAGACCGAAGUGCCCAUGCUGGCCUUAGAAAGGGAUGUCUUCACGAGAUCAAGUUCAAGCAAAGAUUUCUCCGCGACUUCAGGGCACUGCCAACAAAGAUAUCCGAUCCAUCGAAAGCCUCAUCCUGGUAUGACUACUCUAACUUCAUCAACAAGUAUGGCACACACAUGGUUACCGGGGUUAUUUAUGGCGCAAGCAUUUAUAGCUAUAGCUUCGCUAGAUCUAAUAAAGAAUACUCACAAAAAGAAUUCGCUAUCAAGGCGUGUGGGGAAUUCGCAGGAAAAACAGCCGUAGGAGAAGUUGGGGCAAAAGCUUGUGUGGGAGUGACACAAAAAGACAUAGAAAAAUCGUCCGACUUCGAGAUGAGCAAGAAAGUCGUGGUGCGAGGGGGCCAAGUGGAGACCAGAUCCAAGCUUCUUUUUGAACGAAACAAAGAACUUAUUACGCAAUUCCUGAAAGAAGGCAAAGAGAGACCAUCACCAAUUGCCUAUGAAUUCUCCGAAAUCUGGAAUAUCAUUAAGGAAAGUCUCGCUGGAGCUCAAGAAAGGCUAAGGGCAAGCAUUCUGGAGCAGUACGUUAAGGGAUUUGUAGCGUUUGGAUGCGAAAUUCAGAAGUUUGGCGGGUAUACUGUUCAGAAAUUUCAGCUUGAGCCCGAUUCCACUCCAGACAGACCAGUGUUCCAGUGUCUUCUUAAAAACCCAGGAUGCAACAACGGCGACGACUGCCAUUACAAGUUUUUACGGGGUUGUUCCUGCAAUGGCGAUAGUUGUGUAGAGAACCAGAUGAAAAGCUUUGAAGAUGGAAAGACGAAGAAAAUAGCCACAGUGUAUGAUGGAGGCUGGCGUGAUGAUCACCCGGGAGGUUGUCAUUACGUAGCGGGGGACGCAAUGUGUCAGUGCACUGAGCAUUUUGGAUGGUCUGCGAUCUGGCAGAACAGCGGAUUGGACGAUGAGCCAUCAUCAGAAAAACUGGAGGGCAGCGAAUCUGGAGACGGGCAAGAAAACAAUGAAGAAUGAAAAAGAUACUUACGAAGUAAACAGAAACACUCUCGAAAGAGUUCCAAGGGAUCGACGAUAACUUUGAACACUCUCACAAUCAAUGGUAAACUGAAGGGAUAGAUUUUUGUCUUAGUAUGAGUAAUGUUAUCGCAUGUUUAGCGUUCAUAACGUGUAACAAGCUCAGUUCUAAGUUCUAAGAACUCGCAAGCAUUAGCACCUGUAACCUGUUAGAAAAAGCAUUAAAAAAAUCACACAAAAA